GUUAGCGCCAACACUCCAAAAUACUCUCAAAAUCAGCGAUGGAAAUUUUGCAAUGAUGAGGUAUAGGGAGAAUCUUUAAGGGGUCAAAGGUCGGGGAAACGUCCAUUGAAUCAAUCUUUGUCACAUAUUUUAUAAAGAUAUCGUGUUACAUACGAAUGGAAAAUUUAUACGUUUUAAAUCAACGAUGGCGCAAUUGAAGGCAUAUGUCACCUACGAGAAUCCUGGUGCCAAAAGUGCAAUACAAGACAGACCGUUGCCUGAGCCAAAAGACGAUUAUAACAACGCAGAUCCAGAGGCAUCGAACUACGAAGAUGUGAUUACAAUUCACACAGAGCCAACGUAUAAAAAGGCAGCUAAAGUUAGACGAAGGUUUUCAAAAAGAAUUCUGAUGGUUCUUGUUGUGUUUGCAUUGUUAUUGGUAGCUGUGAUAUGCUCUCUCUCCCUCGCAGCAAAGGCCGUAGCAGAGCUUGAAAAGGCAAAAGCAGACAUCGUUGCUUUAAAAAUGGCGAACUCUCAGCUUGAAGAAGCCUUUUAUAAAACGCACAGAACCUGUCUGACACUGAUUCUCAGCUACAGAGUGACAUUAACUGCUUGAAUGAUAGAAUAAAUUCCAUCGAAGAGCCAUCAGGUAUGUGUGACAUUGAUAUACAAGAGAACGAGAAAGAUGACAGGGGCCGUGUUUCGUCUGAUCUUCCAAGUUUGACAGCUGAAGUGGAAAUGGAGUCAAUGAAGGUAGAAUCAUCUAUAAAACAGCGCGAUAUACAAGAAGUAAAAAAUUCUGUGCGAAUCGUGGACAGGAAGAUUGUAUCACGAGAUAUACGUCUUGAUGAUUCAUCCAAGGGUACUGUUGAACUAUUCAAAAAUGGAAUAUGGGGAACAAUCUGUGACGAUGACUGGGACAUCAAAGACGCACAUGUGAUAUGUAAAAUGCUGGGAUUUACUAUCGCUACAGCAUCACGCGCCAAAGCAUACUACGGAGAAGGAACGGGGCCAAUUUUUAUGGACAAUGUCGAUUGCGUUGGAACAGAAGACAAUAUAUGGUCAUGCCCGCAUAUUGAUGAACAUAAUGAAAAUUGCGGACAUAGCAGGGAUGCAGGUGUUGAAUGCCUUUGAAAAUCCAUUGUACGCUAAGCAUUUUUCUGUAUCAUACAAAGCCAUUGUUCGUAGCUUAAAAACGCUUUUUGGAUCCUCAAAGCUACUGAAACUCAGGUUCUCCAGGCUCCAGCCUCCAAUCGGACCCGCUACCUGUUACGGUCGAACUAGGUAAUUAGAAAUUUCAAAACACCACCCUUUGAAAAUUCCUGGCACCCGGUAGGGGUGCGUUACUGUCAGCGUUUAUCCGUCCAAUUAACUGAAUAUCCAAGCAUCAAACAAUUUAGAUAUACAGUAACCAAAGUCUUGAUUUUUAUGUUACGUUUUAAUGCUUUCACUUUAACUAUGCAAGAACCCACUGAUACUCAAGCAGCGAUAUUUUUCGGAGAUCCUAUCUAUGCAAUAUCGAACAUUGUAAAGCUUCAAAAUAUUUGCCAGUAAGUUUAUUUUAUUUAGUCUCACAUUUUUAUUUAUUUUACAACUUUUUAUUCGAUUAUUGUUAAAAUGAAAUUAACCCCCCCCCCCAUCCAAACUCAAAGUAUGUUGUUACUCAGUAUAUUUCAUUGAAUUUAAAAACACUCAUCAAUGCAAAGUUUAAGUUAAAAAUAAAGCGUUUGAAUUCAUAUUCGACUUUAAAGAACUUUUCAUAUUUCGCAAGAUUAAAAAACUAAUUUGGACAACAAUGGAUGUUGUGUAUUGUGUCGUAAUUGUUGCUUUCCACGUUGACCAAACGGCGAUUAAGGCGUCAAAUGUUUGUCAAUAUUCAGGUUGACUUGAUGACUUUAUUAAAAACCCAAACAAAUAUCUGUUUUAUAAAAUUUUAAACUGGUUUUAUAAUUUAAUCCUUCACAAUUUAAAAACGACUUUAAAAUAUAUAAUAACUCAAAAUUAAAUGUCGAGGCCCACGGGUUUCAGCCAACUCUUUCCUAAUUGGAAAUACGGCCCUGAGCCAGUCAGUGCAUGCCAAAAAGUACACGUUGGACAAACAUAAUUAGGAAACAGAAAACAAUGCAUUUCAGGGUGAAGGGAGACGCGAUAAAUCAGUGAUGGUUAUCGAGCAGCGUCAUCUAUGAGGGAGUGAGUCUAACAUUGAAUCAUACUGAGAAACGAGAGAGCUGUGUUCAAAUAUAUGGACACGUCACAAGGUGUCGUCAUUUUUUAUUCUGACACACAAAAAAAACGAAUCUCUUGA